AUUUGCAUGUUCAACCUACCGAAAAGAUCGAAUGAAAACUGAUCACAAGUUUAUUUCCUGCUUAAAACUUGAAAUCUCUGACAUACCAAAACAAUGGAGUUUCUGAUGAAGAUCUCCGUCUUGUUGUUUGGCUGUCUGUCUUUUAUUUCGGCUUGUGGAGAAACCUACACUGACCGUAUUGGCGUAUUAACCUCCCCUGACUACGGUAGACAGUAUCCAACAAAUAGCGAUUGCAACUGGACAAUUUCUACCUCAGAGGGGACCUCGCUUGUGCUUACAUUUCUAGAUUUCGAUGUGAGGUGUAGUGGCGAUUAUAUCGAGGUGACAGAUCUUUCGAACAAUACGACAUUGCCCGGUCUUGAAAAAAAAUGUAACCCCCUACUCCCACAGAACAUGUUCACAGUUAGCAACAGAAUACAAAUCCGCUUUGUAAGUGAUGACCGCCAAAAUGCACGUGGCUUCAAACUUGCUUGGAGAGUAAAAAGAAAGUUGACAUGGUACUCAGACUUCGUUUCCUUCCCCGAGGCGCAAGCCAUUUGCAAAAGGAAUGGAGGGACCUUGAUUGAUAAUUCUGCUGAAUAUGAGGAAGAUAUAAUUGAGGCAAUGCAAGAACGUCAUGUGACUUCAAUAUGGCUGGGGAAGUACAUAACACCUUGGGUUUGGAUAAAAGGUUGCUUCAACUUUGAUGACCUGGACGAAUUUCAAACUUCCGUCAGACUAAAGGAAAAUCAAAUGACAGAAUGCAUGAAGCACUGCAGCAGAUGGAGUUACUUCGGGCUUCAAAGGGAAAAGUGUUUUUGCUUUGAUACGUUUGGCGGCGUUCCUGUGGUUACAGACAACGAUUGUACUACGACUUGUCCCGGUAACCUGUCCGAAAGAUGUGGUGGAAAUAGUAGUCUUACCAUAUAUAUGAACGAUAUAUGCUUCAAGAAUUCAAGUCUAUGGCAAGGAAAUGUAUCUAGAACAAGGAGCGGUAACACUUGUUUACCUUGGGGAAAUAUCACAGCGAUUACAGUAAACAGCACAUUGGCAUUUCCAGAUGGGUCAGCACAAAAUGCAUCCAAUUAUUGCAGGAAUCCGAACGGUUCCGAGGCCUUAAGGUGCUACGUCAGUCAAGACAAAACCGAGUUGUGUGACAUACCACCGUGCAUAGAUAAAGAAAACGCUAAAGAAUUCUGCAUGUACUUUACUUAUGGGAAUCAGAAUGGCUUCCAUUUCGCUGCGGCUCGUUGUGCUAAUGCUUUUUAUGCAGUUUGUUCAGGAGUUGAUCAACAGUAUCAUGCUGUAAAUAACCGUUUAACAUGGAAGCAACAUAGGGAAAACUUUUGGCAAAAUGACCCUUCACAGUGCAGGACACUAGUAGGACCAAGCAUAUUUCUCGUUGAUAGUAAUAUACUAAACAAAGAUUACGCUUACUGGAUUGGAUAUUUUCGGAGUGAUACAAUGGCCACAGAAACAGGUCUGGAAGAGAAAUAUAAAGAAUGCUACACCUACUCAAAUAAGGAUGGGAAUCAAGGAGAAGAAGUGACUGACUGUAGCAGUAAAAGAAACUUUAUAUGUCAGAGUGUCCCCGUUACAUGUGGAGGCCAUUUUGACAUUUCUUCAAAUCACUCGUUCAGUACACCAAAUUAUCCAAACGGAUAUGGCGUUCUCCUACAUUGUGUAUGGUAUAUAACUGUACCUGUGGACCAUUACAUGACAUGGAGCGUCAAUGUGGACAUAGAAAACUCACCUUCGUGUCAAAAUGAUUAUCUCAGCAUAUACUAUGGUUCAUCAAUAAAUGGUCUCCCUAAUUCAACCCUGUGCGGAAGAUUUAAUAAAACGUUUUACAAUACACAGACCAAUGUAACAUUAGAAUUCCAGUCAGACCACUCUGAGAACUCGAGUGGCAUUCUUGUCACGUGGUCAAUAGAGCCUAUCACAACAUCAACGGCAACCACUUCAUCUACAUCUCCUCAACAAGAUCUUUACAUACAGGACAAAACAGAACACAUAUUAGGAUUGUCAUAUGGCGCUUUUGCAGGGCUUAUUGCUGGUGUAAUUUUUCUGCUGGUGUUGUCUUGUAUUGGAGGGUUUCUUUGUGGCAAAAGGAGACGGGCAACUCCAAUUAAGGACAAUCAACCCGCAAACAGCAAAGAUGCGAAGACAGAGAAAAACAAUGUCAAUGACAGACUCGACAAACUAAACAGCGGACCCAUGGACAAAUCAUUUACAAACGCUGGAUUUGAAGAAAGCGCUUCUGACAAGGUUUCCAAGGAAGACGGAAAAUUCCUUAAUGACGAAGGGGUUGAUAUCGAAACAGACAGUUCACUUGCCAUUUAUUCUAAAGUCAACAAACCUACAAACGACACAUGCUCAGCACAAAACACUCUAUCUCCAGAAUCUAAACUGUCUGAUAAACCCGACAACGAAUCGAAUGAAUUGUACAAUACUUUGAACGAGAAAAAUGAAAACACUGCAAAAAGUGCUGUGAAUAUUUACAACCAUUUGAACGAAGCCGACCCAACCUACGCCAACACAAAUAUGCCGGGAAAGAACAAUAGAAAUAAGGUAGCAUCUGACUUGGACGUGUAUGACCACAAGGAAAAAAAGUAAUUAGAUUCGUGUAAUAUUCUCAGACUGCAGACAAUAUUAGACUGGCUCCAAGACUAUGACUAUUUUCUUCUUUUUUGUAUUUUUUUUAUGAUUCAGUGUAAUACUUUGUGUCAGUCUAUAUCCUACGUCCAAUAUCAUAAUGUUAAUAAAAACUUUAGAAUAGACUGGCUUUUGAUUCAAUGAAAUAGAAUUGGACAAAAUGUGGGGAAAAGUGCCGAACUAUCUUUAAUUAUUUAUCUAUCUGCUAGUUUAAUAUAUUAUAGUAUGCUAUUAUAUUGCUACAUGUAAUUUGUACAAAUUCAAUUUUAUUUUAUUUACUGGAAGCGUAGUGGUCACAGGGGUAUUCUCCCUCCAGUAUCUAAACCAUUGUUAAGAAAUCCUCAUUUAUUGUUUUGCGUAGCUUUGUAUAAUUUAACCGCAUUCGGACAUUGUAAUUUUGCCAUAUGUUUAUUUGUUUGGGGUUUAGCGCCGUUUCAACAGAUUUUCAAACCGCCUCGGUAGCCUAGUGACAGAGCGCCCGCUUCGAGUGCGGGAGGUCGUGGGUUCAAUCACUGGCCGCGUCAUACCAAAGACGUAAAAUAAUGGUACAAGCAGCUUCCUCGCUUGGCGCUCAGCAUUAAGAAGAUAGUACUAGGACUGGUCAGCCCGGUGUCAGUAUAAUGUGACUCGGUGGGGUAUCAUGUCACGUGUCUACUGCGUGAUAUUCCAGUGAGGCAGCACUAUAAAGUUGGGCAUUGAGCUCACUGCUACAAGUAGACACCGUCGUUUAUAUGACUGAAAAAAAUGCUGAAAAACACGUAAAACCCGAACACACACGCACGCGCGCGCACGCGCGCGCACGCACGCACGGAGAGAGAGUUUUUCAGUAAUGUAACUACAUGUUAACCCAACCAAUUUUUCUAGUUUUUGUAACAGUAUUGACCUGUUCCCCAUAUAUUCACAUGGAUGAAAAGUGUAGGACAAAUGAUUUCUGGCACGGUCAUCAAACUACCACAGAGAACAUACGACUCUCCCGGUGAUCGAACUAACGACUCUGUGCUCUGUAGAUCUGAGUUCUGUCCUCUUUUGAUCAGCUAGUGCCAGUAGCUAUUGAUUCAAUAGAUUAAUGAAUGAUUUUGUUAUUUAUAUUUAUUUGCUUGUAUUUUUGUACAUACUACAUAUAUUUUUAUAGUGAUAUUAAAUAAAUUCGUUAAAUUGUAGAA